AUGGCUGCAGGAGGCAUUGAGGAAGCCUUUGAACCGGGCGCCAGAGGGAUUUUCGUCACUUCCGGGGACCGGUUUGGUGUUUUUCCGGCCGGUUCUGGGGGUGGUACAGCUAGUUCUCGAGGAGAAAAAAAUGGAGAAGGAAGGGAAAGAGGAAAGGAUUCGGCUUCUCUGCUAGAAUUCAUUUUGCUAGGAUCUGCUUGGAUAACACUCUCAGCUCGCCACGUGUUACUGGUUCAAUCUAAGGGCUAUAAUGCUUACAACACAGAAAGCCUGAACUUCACUAACGAUCCUUUAACGUCAGUGUUGAAUCGAACAAGAUCUCUACCCCUGGACUCCUCGCAUCUCCCUCUCUCUCUUCGCCCAAUUUCCUCUUUCCCCUCAUCGGAAGUGAAAGCCAGAGCACCUGGGAAGAUCAUACUGUCUGGUGAAAAUGCUGUGGUUCAUGGAUCUACGGUCGUCGCUGCCUCCAUUGACCUCUGUACCUAUGCAACUCUUCGCUUUCCCGCUCAUUCUGAUAAUGAUGGUUUACUUGGACUGGAGCUCAAGGAUAUUGGAUUAGAGUUUUCGUGGCCAGUUGUUAGGAUUAAGGAAGCACUAUCCGGAAUAGAUGUUCCCAACCCAUCAACACCUACCUCUUGUCCGGCGGAGGCGAUCAAAUCACUUGCUAUUUUAGUUGAAGAACUAAACAUUCCGGAGGCAAAAAUCGGAAUUGCUGCUGGAGUCUUGGCUUUUCUUUGGCUAUAUUCAUCUAUCCAAGGAUUUAAGCCUGCGACAGUUAUUAUCAGUUCGGAACUUCCUUUGGGUUCAGGUCUUGGUUCAUCAACCCAUCAGCAUCUUUGGUCCCAAACUGAUGAAUGAUUUGACCUCAGAGUUCACUUUCUUCUUCUUUUUGCCAUCUGUGGUGAAGCAUAUCACAGAAUCGUGUAGAUAUUAGGCUUUGUACAGCUUGCUGUCUUCUUCUGCAGUUUGGGAGUUUCAUCAGUUUGUGGAACUGUUUAGGAGUUUCAUCAGUUUGUGAAACUGUUUUUGCUGUUCAUCAGUUUGUGGAACUGUUAUUUAACUCUGUGCUUUUAUAGUUUAAGCAUUAUCUAUUUGAUAAUGAACUGUACAAGUUUUAGUUUUCUGCAGAAAGUUGCAGAACUUGAGUAAUUUGACCAUCAGUUUUUAGUUUUCUGCUCUAUUUGAUAAUGAACUGUACAAGUUUUAGUUUUCUGCAGAAAGUUGCAGAACUUGAGUAAUUUGACCAUCAGUUUUUAGUUUUCUGCUCAAUUUGUUGUGUAUGUAUGGGAGUUUUGGUUAGCCACUUUUGAGUUUCAAAGUGGAAGGAGGCAAUCACUCUGUCGUGUAAUUUGGUUAGCCACUUUUCUGCUCAAUUUGUUGUGUAAUUUGACCAUCAAUAGCUUAACA